AUGAAUUUAUUAACUAUAAAUUUUUUUGCUUUAUUCUUCGGAAUUAACAUUGUAACAAUCAAUGGAUGUCAAGUUAAAUGUAAUAGAAUUUUUAGAAGAGGUCGUUGUACUUUGUUUAUAAACCUUGAUGUUGACCCAUUUUUUCAGAUGACGACUUUUUGUUUACAACCCAGUUCUUAUCAAAAUUUACAAAGAAUGAAUAGACAACGCACGGGUAUGAAUGCUAAACAAAAUGCGCAGCUGUUACAAAGUAUGAGCCAGUUUGCUACUGUAAAUAUUAAUCCACAACAAAAAAUGUCACUUUGUAGCCAAUGUCGAUCAAAGUGUGGAAUGCAGACACAAAUUAAAAUUAUUGGAAGCGUAAUUCAAGGACGUGGUAGUUUUCGCCGUAAUAGUAUGCUUACAGUUAGUCAGCGUCGAAAAAAUGUAUUUGCCAAUGCAAUUCAUGAAGAUGCCAACGAUCCUUUAUAUGCUAGUGUUAAACGUCGUUCUCAACGUGGUCGUUUUAACGGUAAUGGUUUUCAACAAGGUCGUGGUAGUUUUCGUGGACCUGGUAUUUUCCAACGUCCCGGUUCAAUGCACCAUAGUAAUAGUGUAAGAGCGCGUCAAAGGGCAGUUUUUGCUAAUGAACGUUUGGAUAGUGAUGAAUAA